AUGUAUUAUUAUUAUUAUCUUCAGAUAACCGAAGCGCUGUGUAAGUUUAAGUCUUCCGUAGCAGCACAUAGAAUAUUUAAGUCAAGGAUGUCCUGUGACAAAGUGCUGUCCUUUUUGAAGAGCCUAUCGAGGCGAAAGCCACUGGAGCCUGAUGGUGAAGAGUCCAACUUUAAGCGCUGCUUAACCACACUCGACCUAGUGGCCCUUGGGGUGGGAAGUACCCUGGGUGCUGGGGUCUAUGUCCUUUCCGGUGAGGUUGCAAGAACAGUAGCUGGUCCCAGUAUCAUUGUGUCAUUCUUCAUUGCAGCAGUGGCGUCUGUGUUUGCGGGCUUGUGCUAUGCAGAGUUUGGUGCCCGAGUGCCCAAAACUGGCUCUGCCUACCUGUACAGCUAUGUCACUGUCGGAGAGGUGUGGGCCUUCAUCACCGGCUGGAACUUACUGUUGUCAUACAUCAUAGGGACAUCCAGUGUGGCAAGAGCAUGGAGUGGCACUUUCGAUGACCUGAUUGGAAAUAAGAUUUCCAAUUAUUUGAGUGCAACUACACCAAUGAAUUUACCUGGCCUCGCUCCCUAUCCAGACUUCUUUGCUGCUGGCCUUAUCCUGGUUUUGGCAGGGAUCCUUGCCUUUGGGGUGAAGGAGUCUGCCAUUGUGAACAAGAUCUUCACAGCUAUAAAUAUGGUAGUUCUGGUUUUUGUCAUCAUUGCUGGAUUCAUCAAGGGUGACACUGGAAACUGGCAGAUAACAGAGGAUGAUAUUUGGAACUACACAAUAACUGCAAAUCUCUCAGUCUCAAAUGAAACUUUAUCCAGUUUUGGAACUGGAGGAUUCUUUCCGUUUGGUUUUGAGGGAACUUUUGCUGGAGCCGCAACCUGUUUUUAUGCCUUUGUGGGAUUUGACUGCAUUGCGACCACAGGUGAGGAGGUCAAAAACCCUCAGAAGUCUAUCCCUAUAGGAAUCGUGGCUUCUCUUCUCAUCUGUUUCUUGGCUUAUUUUGGAGUUUCUGCUGCUCUCACCCUCAUGAUGCCCUACUACCAACUAAAUGUUCAGAGUCCCUUACCUGUAGCCUUCACCUAUGUGGGCUGGGAUCCUGCAAAAUAUGCUGUGGCUGUUGGAUCUUUGUGUGCUCUUUCAACAAGUCUGCUGGGAUCCAUGUUUCCUAUGCCUCGUGUGCUCUUUGCUAUGGCCAGAGAUGGGCUGCUCUUCAAACCACUGAGUAACAUGAGUUCUAGACAGAGCCCUGUCAUCGCCACACUCUCUUCUGGAAUAAUAGCAGCAAUAAUGGCCUUGGUGUUUGACCUGAAGGCUCUAGUAGACAUGAUGUCUAUUGGAACACUCUUUGCCUACACCCUCGUAGCCAUCUGCAUCUUAAUUCUUCGGUACCAAUCAGAGCCAGCUGAGAUCAGUGAGAAAGCAGAACUUCAGAAGAAAUGGAAUCCUUUUUGCCCCCCUAAACAUGCUACUGCUAGAAGUUCUAAAGUUGUGUCUGUGCUGACCAUACUUACCAUUGUGUUUGCGGUUAUCCUGAGUGUGAUCAUCACAAAAGGUGUACAGGCUAGUCUGAUAGCAGAGUGGUGGGUGAUUCUGAUUAUCACUUUGGUUUCGGUGGCGUUUCUCAUGACUAUCAUUGUUAUUUGGCGACAGCCUCAGAAUGGUAGCAAGGCUGCAUUUAUGGUCCCACUUCUGCCACUACUCCCUAUUUUCAGUACAUGCAUCAAUAUCUACUUAAUGGUCCAGCUGGGGGAUGAAACAUGGAUUCGCUAUGCAGUGUGGAUGGCAGUGGGCUUGCUCAUCUACUUCUGUUAUGGAGUGCACUUCAGUGUACAGAAGAAACGGAACCAGUUGUCCAAACAUCCCAUCAAUGUUGAGACGAUUGAUGUUAAAAUGGAGGACAAGAAAAAUAUCGGAUCUACUAUACCGACGCUACAAACCAAGCUUUAAAGCCAACAGUAAUGUCUUGUGCUUUGCUCCUGAGACAGAGAAACUACAAUAGGAUUUUUGUUCUGUACUGAAAAUUUAAUUAUAAGGAUAAGGACAUAUUAUGAAGUAUAAUGAUUAAUUGGUAACAUAUUAUAAAACAAGAUGUCCGAGAGGUACACUCUCUAUGGGAUGAAAGUAUGAAACUUAAGGGUAUAUAUUAGAAUUGAUAGUACCUUUGAAGGUACUGGCCCAGUGUCAGCAGGUAUUAAAGGGGUCAUGAACUGCCUUUUUUAUUAUUUUGUACUGUUCUCUGAGGUCCACUUAUAAUGUUAUCAAGAUUGACAUAAAAAAAAAAACAUAAUUCAUAUGUAAUAGGCUAUUUUCUGUCCUGUUUUGACCCCCUCAUUAGAAUGCUAUGUUUGAAUAGGCCAAUCAGUGGGCGGGGCUAAACAGGCAGUGCUGUAGAAUCAGUGGGCGGGGCUAAACAGGCAGUGCUGUAGAAUCGGUGGGAGGAGCUAA